AAACAAAACAUUCUGCUAUUAUUAUUAUAUGCAUAGAAAUUAUGAAGGUGUGCGUAAAGAGUUCAAACGUUAUUGUGAAACCAUCAGAGCCAACAUGGAAUGGCAUUCUUGAAUUAUCCGAACUUGAUCAAACAGGAACCAUGAUGCAUGUCCCCACCAUCUACUUCUACGCCACAUCUCCACAGCCACCAGAAUCCCUCAUGGAAACCUUAAAAUCGUCUCUCAGUCAAGUGUUAGUCCACUUCUACCCGAUGGCUGGUCGGUUGAAUUGGACAACCAACAACAACACGACUACAGGUUGUCAUCUUGUGCUCGACUGCAACUCUGAGGGAGUCAUCCUCAUUGAGGCAGAAUCUGACGGCGUACUAUCCGAACUCGGGGAUUUCUAUCCACAACCAGAUUUUGAUCAACUGGUUCCUAGUGCCGACUACUACACAGCUCCUCCCAUUCAAAAAAUGCCCUUGUUCAUUGGGCAGCUCACCAAAUUCAGAUGUGGAGGAUGGAGCCUUGGUUUGGCAAUAUCACAUGUUGUGAGUGAUGGUCUAGGCACCUCCAACUUUCUCCACCAAUGGGCUCGACUUGCACGUGGCAAACCACUUAGUGUUGUCCCUUUUAUUGACCGAGAAGUAUUACAUCAGGCCCACAAAGAUCCUCUCAUCCACCAUAUGGCUGUUUUGGAACAUUGCUACUACUACAGUUACUACAACUUUGGCGGCCCUCCUCUCAUCAUCGGUGAAUCAAGCAAUGAGAAUGAGAAGAAGAAGGAAACUAAAGAGUGUGUCUUAAGAUUGAGCAAACCUCAAAUUGAAACACUAAAAAAAGUUGGUGGAGCAAACUACACUAGAUACGAGGUGAUCACCGCCCACAUUUGGAAGUGUGCAUGCAUGGCACGCAACCAUAAAGCGGACCAACCAACUAACCUAACCAUGUCGGUCGAUAUUCGAAAACGGAUGGAUCCACCAUUGCACAAUUCAUAUUUUGGCAAUGCAGUCAUUGAUGUUGUGACCCAUGGAGUCUCAGGGGAGGUCAUUUCAAUGCCAUUAGGGCAGGUGGCACGUAUGAUACACGAGACCAUUGACAAUGUCACACCGGAAUGCGUGACUUCUGCAAUAAGUUUCCUGAAAGGGGUGACUCGUGGACGAAAGGAAGAACUACCAUUUAGUGGGAACCCAAACCUUAAUGUGAUAAGUUGGAUGAGUCUACCCCUGCAUGGACUGGAUUUUGGGUGGGGAGAAGAGAUUCAUAUGGGCCCUGGCAACCAUACCGGUGAUGGGGACAUUUUGAUCCUUCCUAGCCGUGAGGGGGACGGGUCAUUGCGUGUUGCUCUAUCUUUUCAGACUAACCACAUUGAUGCUUUUAAGAAAUGUUUCUACCAAGCUGCUUAUAUGGUUACAUAAUCAAAAGUACUUUAAAGUUUGCAGUCCAGGAGACCCGGUUAGAACCCAAAAAUAACAAUAUGCUACAUACUGAUAUCCAUUCUCUGACCAGUGAAAAUAACCUGUAAUAUUAUUGUAUUUCUUAUGAUUUAUGAAACCAAUAAUGAAUUAAUG